CUCGCUCGCUCGCUCGCUCACUCUCUUUUUUCUCUCUCAGGGUGGGUGGUGACAAAUUAGAAGCGCUUGCGGAAGGUCUCCGCCCCCCGGAUCGGGCUUCCCCUGCAAGGGGAUGAAGCAAAGGUAGAAACACCUUGCUCCGCAGCAUCCUGACCUGGAGCUGGAGGGGCUGCGCCCGCAGGCCAACCCCACCAGUAUCCCACCCUGAGGCCCGCCCGCCGCUCUCCAUGGUACUGCGGAGAGCUCAGCUCCGCCCUUCUCUUUCAGAAGGACAGCACCCCGCGUCACGUAACCCAGCCUUCUCGGGCUCCACCGUCGCCUCCUCCUUCCAAGCCCUUUUCCUCUCCUGCUCCUCCUUCUGCUCCCCUCCGUUGCCUGUUCUUCCCUCCCGCACUCCUGGAGAUAGACGCUCAAGCCUGACGCCUCUGAAAAGGCAGCGGCAGUCGCCUUAUCCACAGCCCUCAGGAAAUUUGCUUUGACCGACGCAUGCUUCAGUCUCUGGCUCGAGCUAAGGGGAAUAACCGGGCAGAUUUCUGGGUCCUUAUUUAAAGAAAGAAAACCGAAAUGCAUCACCAACCCACAACCCUUUGAUAUGCUGGCAUGUUAGCCUGGCCUUGCAGAGGUGGAGAAAAAUAAAGAGUAGCUGUUAUGAUUCCCACAUCUAACAGCUGCUGGCUCUUUCACAGCUUCUGGGUUUGAACCCCACCUCUGGGGAGGGAAAAAGAAAAGUGCACUCCAGCCCGUGAGGCCAUGCACAAGGAGUUCUGCUUUGGCUACAGUGAUGCUAAAGUCCAUGAUAUGACAGAAGAAGCAGGCCUUUGAAACUACUCUGGGGGUGACAAGUGGUGCCCUCAAGAGGCAAGGAGCCCUUUUCUCCCUUCUGCUUGGGACACUACAUCUGGAGGAGAAACCCUUGCAUUCACAAGCUUCCAAGGAUUCUGGUUCAUUGCUGGUUCCUUGUACUUCCCUGAGAAGUGUCGACUUCCUACCUGACUCUUAACUGAUUUCCUGUUGCUUGGUACCAGUGAUGCUACCUGGCAGAUGAUGAUAUUUGAGGAGUGCAACAUCUGUUGACACCACCAAUGCCCUUCAACUAGUUCCUCGGACUCCAAUGGAUGAGUGCUUUACCCUGACCUUCUGUUGACGCCUUUUCCAGAACGUUGCCUCCAAAGUGUAUCCUCCCUUUGGUCUGGACGUUCUGUGGCUGCCCAGCACCACUGGGGUCUGCGUGUGCCAGCUGGGAGGAGACUAUAGGGAGAGAGGGAGGGGUUGCUGGAAGAAGAAGAAGAAAAAAAGAGCUAGAUAAAGGAGGGUGCCUCCCUCCCACCGCUGCCCACCCCCCUUACCCUCCUUACUCUCGGACCCUUAUUUCGGCAUCACGGUGUCCAGGACCAUUUUGACCCUGUCGGCCCCGGCACCCCCCCGCCGCACCCCAGCCCCGAGCAUGGGGACGGCGCUUCUCCAGCGCGGGGGCUGCUUUCUCCUGUGCCUCUCGCUGCUGCUCCUGGGCUGCUGGGCCGAGCUGGGCAGCGGGCUGGAGUUCCCGGGCGCGGAGGGCCAGUGGACGCGGUUCCCCAAGUGGAACGCCUGCUGCGAGAGCGAAAUGAGCUUCCAGCUGAAGACGCGCAGCGCCCGCGGCCUCGUGCUCUACUUCGACGACGAGGGCUUCUGCGACUUCCUGGAGCUCAUCCUGACCCGGGGCGGCCGCCUGCAGCUCAGCUUCUCCAUCUUCUGCGCCGAGCCGGCCACGCUGCUGGCGGACACGCCGGUCAACGACGGCGCGUGGCACAACGUGCGCAUCCGCCGGCAGUUCCGCAACACCACGCUCUUCAUCGACCAGGUGGAGGCCAAGUGGGUGGAGGUCAAGUCCAAGCGGAGGGACAUGACGGUGUUCAGCGGCCUCUUCGUCGGGGGGCUGCCCCCCGAACUGCGCGCCGCGGCGCUCAAGCUCACGCUGGCCUCGGUGAGGGAGCGAGAGCCCUUCAAAGGGUGGAUCCGGGACGUGAGGGUCAACGCCUCCCAGGCCCUGCCCGUGGACAGCGGCGAGGUGAAGCUGGACGACGAGCCGCCCAACAGCGGCGGCGGCAGCCCGUGCGAGGCGGGCGAGGAGGGCGAGGGCGGCGUGUGCCUCAACGGAGGCGUGUGCUCCGUGGUGGAUGACCAGGCCGUGUGCGACUGCUCACGAACCGGCUUCCGCGGCAAGGACUGCAGCCAAGAAGACAACAAUGUGGAAGGUCUGGCGCACCUGAUGAUGGGCGACCAAGGUAAAAGUAAAGGAAAAGAAGAGUAUAUUGCCACUUUCAAGGGAUCUGAAUACUUCUGCUACGACUUGUCUCAAAACCCCAUUCAGAGCAGCAGCGAUGAAAUAACUCUGUCCUUUAAAACCCUUCAGAGGAAUGGACUGAUGCUUCACACCGGGAAAUCGGCUGAUUAUGUCAAUCUGGCCCUGAAAAAUGGAGCUGUCUCUCUGGUCAUUAAUUUGGGAUCAGGGGCCUUUGAAGCACUAGUGGAGCCCGUGAAUGGAAAGUUUAAUGAUAAUGCCUGGCAUGAUGUGAAAGUCACCAGGAAUCUGCGUCAGCACUCAGGCAUUGGACACGCUAUGGUAAACAAACUACAUUGUUCGGUGACAAUAUCAGUGGAUGGGAUUCUUACCACAACGGGCUACACGCAAGAAGAUUACACCAUGCUGGGGUCUGAUGACUUUUUCUAUGUUGGAGGCAGUCCCAGCACAGCAGACCUUCCAGGGUCACCAGUCAGUAACAACUUUAUGGGCUGUCUCAAAGAGGUCGUGUAUAAAAAUAAUGAUGUAAGGCUGGAGUUAUCUCGACUUGCCAAGCAAGGAGACCCUAAGAUGAAAAUCCAUGGAGUAGUGGCAUUUAAAUGUGAGAACGUUGCAACUUUGGACCCAAUCACCUUUGAAACCCCAGAGUCUUUCAUCUCUUUGCCUAAGUGGAAUGCAAAGAAAACAGGCUCCAUAUCAUUUGACUUCCGCACAACAGAGCCAAAUGGCCUCAUCUUAUUUAGCCACGGCAAGCCACGGCACCAAAAAGAUGCUAAGCACCCACAGAUGAUAAAGGUUGACUUCUUUGCUAUUGAGAUGCUAGAUGGCCAUCUCUACCUCCUCCUGGACAUGGGAUCAGGUACAAUAAAAAUCAGAGCUCUGCAGAAGAAGGUGAACGAUGGAGAAUGGUAUCAUGUGGACUUCCAGAGAGAUGGACGGUCAGGUACCAUUUCUGUCAACACGCUGCGCACACCCUACACUGCUCCUGGUGAGAGUGAGAUUCUGGACCUGGACGAUGAGUUGUACCUGGGGGGCUUGCCAGAGAAUAAAGCCGGCCUCGUCUUCCCCACCGAGGUGUGGACUGCCUUGCUCAACUACGGCUACGUGGGCUGCAUCAGAGAUUUGUUCAUCGAUGGCCAGAGCAAAGAUAUCCGGCAAAUGGCUGAAGUUCAAAGUACUGCUGGAGUCAAGCCCUCCUGCUCAAGGGAAACAGCAAAACCGUGCCUUAGCAACCCUUGCAAAAACAAUGGCAUGUGCAGGGAUGGGUGGAACAGAUAUGUCUGUGAUUGUUCUGGAACAGGCCAUCUUGGCAGGUCCUGCGAGAGAGAGGCAACGGUUCUGAGCUAUGAUGGGAGUAUGUUUAUGAAGAUCCAGCUCCCUGUGGUGAUGCACACAGAAGCCGAGGACGUGUCCUUACGGUUCCGAUCCCAGCGUGCCUAUGGUAUUCUCAUGGCAACCACCUCUAGAGACUCAGCAGACACCCUGCGCCUGGAGCUGGACGCAGGGCGUGUGAAACUGACGGUCAAUCUAGAUUGUAUCAGGAUUAACUGUAAUUCCAGCAAAGGUCCCGAGACCCUUUUUGCUGGCUAUAACCUCAACGAUAACGAAUGGCACACAGUGCGUGUGGUUCGGCGAGGAAAAAGCUUAAAGUUAACGGUGGAUGACCAACAGGCCAUGACAGGGCAAAUGGCGGGUGAUCACACGAGGCUGGAGUUUCAUAACAUAGAGACUGGCAUCAUCACAGAGCGACGGUAUCUGUCUUCUGUCCCCUCCAACUUCAUCGGACACCUUCAGAGCCUGACAUUUAAUGGAAUGGCAUACAUCGACUUGUGUAAAAAUGGCGACAUAGAUUACUGUGAGCUCAAUGCCAGAUUUGGCUUCAGGAACAUCAUAGCAGACCCCGUCACCUUCAAGACCAAAUCGAGCUAUGUUGCCUUAGCUACAUUGCAAGCCUACACAUCUAUGCAUCUUUUUUUCCAGUUUAAGACCACAUCCCUAGAUGGACUAAUUCUGUAUAACAGCGGGGAUGGAAAUGACUUUAUUGUGGUUGAAUUAGUUAAAGGGUACUUACAUUACGUGUUUGAUUUGGGAAAUGGUGCUAACCUCAUCAAAGGGAGCUCAAAUAAACCUCUCAAUGACAAUCAGUGGCACAAUGUGAUGAUAUCAAGGGACACCAGCAAUCUCCACACUGUAAAGAUAGACACGAAAAUCACAACACAAAUCACCGCGGGAGCCAGGAACUUGGACCUCAAGAGUGACUUGUAUAUAGGAGGAGUGGCGAAAGAAACGUACAAAUCCUUGCCAAAACUCGUCCAUGCCAAGGAGGGCUUUCAAGGCUGCUUGGCAUCAGUGGAUUUAAAUGGACGGCUUCCAGACCUCAUCUCAGAUGCUCUUUUCUGCAAUGGACAGAUUGAGAGAGGAUGUGAAGUUGCAUUGAUGAAAGCUGACUUGCAAGGGCCCAGCACAACCUGCCAGGAGGACUCGUGUUCCAAUCAAGGUGUGUGCCUGCAGCAAUGGGAUGGCUUCAGCUGUGACUGCAGCAUGACUUCUUUCAGUGGGCCGCUCUGCAAUGACCCUGGGACAACGUAUAUCUUUAGCAAAGGUGGUGGACAAAUCACGUAUAAGUGGCCUCCUAAUGAUCGGCCAAGUACACGAGCAGACAGACUGGCCAUAGGGUUUAGCACUGUUCAGAAAGAAGCUGUUUUGGUGCGCGUGGACAGUUCUUCUGGCCUGGGGGACUACCUGGAGCUGCAUAUACACCAAGGAAAAAUUGGAGUUAAAUUUAAUGUUGGGACAGAUGACAUCGCCAUUGAAGAGUCCAAUGCAAUCAUUAACGAUGGGAAAUAUCAUGUAGUCCGUUUCACGAGGAGUGGUGGCAAUGCCACGUUACAGGUGGACAGCUGGCCCGUGAUAGAGCGCUACCCUGCAGGAAACAAUGAUAACGAGCGCCUGGCGAUUGCUAGACAGCGAAUUCCAUAUCGACUUGGUCGAGUAGUUGAUGAAUGGCUACUCGACAAAGGGCGUCAGCUCACAAUCUUCAAUAGCCAAGCAACCAUAAUAAUUGGCGGGAAAGAGCAGGGCCAGCCCUUCCAGGGCCAGCUCUCUGGGCUUUACUACAAUGGCUUGAAAGUUCUGAAUAUGGCAGCCGAAAAUGAUGCCAACAUCGCCAUAGUGGGAAAUGUGAGACUGGUUGGUGAAGUGCCUUCCUCUAUGACAACUGAGUCGACAGCCACUGCCAUGCAGUCAGAGAUGUCCACGUCAAUUAUGGAGACCACAACGACCCUGGCAACUAGCACAGCCAGAAGAGGAAAGCCCCCUACGAAAGAACCCAUUAGCCAGACCACAGAUGACAUCCUAGUGGCCUCAGCAGAGUGUCCCAGCGAUGACGAGGACAUCGACCCCUGUGAGCCGAGCUCAGGUGGGUUAGCUAACCCAACCCGAGCAGGCGGGAGAGAGCCAUACCCAGGCUCAGCGGAAGUGAUUCGGGAGUCGAGCAGCACCACGGGCAUGGUGGUGGGGAUAGUAGCCGCUGCCGCUCUGUGCAUCCUCAUCCUUCUCUACGCCAUGUACAAGUACAGGAACCGGGAUGAAGGCUCAUACCACGUCGACGAGAGUCGAAACUACAUCAGUAACUCAGCACAGUCCAAUGGGGCUGUUGUAAAGGAGAAGCAACCCAGCAGUGCGAAAAGCGCCAACAAAAAUAAGAAAAACAAGGAUAAAGAGUAUUACGUCUGAUCCCGAGAUCUUAAAAGGACCCUUGUAUAGAAAUAGUCUUCAUUUUAUCUGAGACAUAAUAUAAACUUAUUUACUUUCCUUUUUACGAAGCACAUACAAAAAGAAGACAGGGAAUGCAAUCAGGAAGGAAAGACUGUUUUUAAAAAUUAAAAACAAGUAUCUCAUGCUCUUGUUUCUCCAAAAAAGAGGAAAAAAAAAAAAAAAGAAUGGGGCCAAUAAAUUCGCUAACAUCCACAGUGUUUCCAUUUACUCUGCCUGUCUUUAUGUUGCUGGAACAUUUCUAAAGGACAGUGAUGACCGCACGCAUUCAUAAAGCAAAGGAGUAUUAAAACAUCGAGGCACGACACAAAAACAACACACCACACACACACACAAAAGCUACCUAUGAUCCUGGAUUUAGCCAAAGUGCUAGCUCUUUCCUGAGAAGUCAGUUAGUCCCUUUGCCAGAGAAGACUGUCAUUCUGAGUGACUCAACCUGCAAACCUGUAAGCAGAGCCUGCCACCUGGUGCAACGGGAGCAGUGGUCGGAACUUGCAUUUGAAACCAAGUGCUGGCUUUUUUGAAGACUUGUGUAGGAACACAUUCAAAAAGCCCCUUUCUGGUUGUGAAGGAGAAGAAAAAAGGAUGGAGGCCUUAUUUUCAACAAUGUGAAAUAGAAGGCCCAUUUCCACACUAAAAUUUCAAAACAAAAACAAGAGGGCAUAGAUGCAAUCACUGGAAAAUUUUCAUGCACGCUUAAUAUGUUAUUACAUAUGUUUAUAUAAAAUCCAUCUCUGUGUGCUUUCUGGACUGUGGUAAGUGACGUUUUAUAGCCUGUUGUAUAGAAAAUGCAAAAUAUAUCUCUGCUCUUCAGCCAUUUUUGGUAAAUUCAAUGUUAUAAGUGUUGCUAAGUAUAGGGGGUUUUAUGACAUUGGAGCAACAAUUAUUUCAGGGUUAUUUUUUCUUUGGAUUUUUUUUUUUUUGCCACCAUUAUUAGUUGCCACAAUUACUUACUUUUUUUAAAAUAAAAUUACAAUGUAGUGUUUAUUCUAAGAAAGAACUGUAUGAAUGUAUAUAAAAAGACUCAGCUACUUUUUUUUCCUUCCAUGUACAGCCUUCAUUCUGUUGCAAUUAAUUUUUAGUUUUUGAAGGUGUGAAUUAGAAGGUAAAAUAUACACACAUGUAUCUUAUAAUCUUUUUUCCGCCCCAAAAUACGCACAUACAUUCACUAUUCACAAUUAGAAAUACACGCACACGCACGCGCGCGCGCGCGCGCGCACACACACACACACACACACACACACACACACACACACACACACUAAUCCAGAGGAAUCCAUCAAAAGGAUGGAAAACCCAAACAUACAUAAAUAGCAAAUAUUUACUGACAAAUUGGAAAGCAAGAAGGAAGAUAGUUGUGCUAAGGUAUUGAUGACAAAUGGGGUGAUUUGCUUCAUUGAGAUCAUGCUCCCAAGAAACUCCGAGAAAAAUUUAGUCCCUAAUGAAAUGGAACCUUUUUUUCUUAUCAAAUAGAAUAUCAAUGGUAUUUUGUUGCAUGAACAUGAACCAUUAUGUGGGGGAGGUUACAGAAGCAAAAUCGGUUGAUCUAUACGUUAACCCUGGCUGCUGCAAUUGAAAACUUCAUUUCCAAUAAAAUUAUUUUUUUCUCUGAACUUGAUGUGCAUGAUAAACAUUUUGGAAAGUAAACACUUUCUCAACUAAGGAAGUAUUUUCAAUAAUUUUUGAUUCUGUAUUACUAUCCACUUAAAAAUUUUCUCUGUUGAUUGUUGACUAUAUUUUAACUUUUCUAGUUUUACAUAUAUCUCAUUAUAGUUUUAGUUUAACACACAUUAAGCAGUAGGAAAGUAUAAAUUAUACACUUGUUUUUGCAUAUUGUUUCAAUGAUGUUUAUAGCAAUAAAUUAUCAGCAUGAGAAAGUAAUUGCAAAAGAAAUGCAUUAUUAGAAUGGAAGGUGAUGCCUCAGUAAAAAUUGGUUGCAUUACUUUAACAUCUAAAAUUAUAGAUUUUAUAGAAGAAUACCUUUACAAUUAGCUUUAAUCAGCAAAGGCAAAAAAAUGCAAAACAUCUUUUGUAAUACUUUAGUUGAUGAAAAAAAGCCAAGAAGUGGCCUGGAUUUCAGACAUACAACACCUUAGAAACAUGUACAACUCAUAGCAAAUCACCACUAUCUAUGGUUGUCAAGUAAUUGUUGUAUAGAAAAGCCUUAAAGGCUUUUCGUGACCCAGAAAGUAGAGGUAUCAAACUAAAAUUUAACAUCCAUUACUUUUGUUUCAGCUUUUUUCUUUCUUUCUUUUUUUUUUUUUAAUUUGCUAGGUUAAAAAAGUCAUGUCUUAUUUUCCCCUCUCAUUCAGUCUUACUCAGGGAAAGCCAGUGAACUAAGAAGGUAGAUUAAAACCACUCAUUUACAUCUUGAGGUUUUAAAAAGAAAUGGUUGCUUUUCCAUUUGAUCUACUGAGCUUGAACUAGUUUCCAUCUGGAAAGAUUCUAAAAUAUGAUAGAAAAUAAAUAAUGUAUUUUUAAGCAGUAUAUCUAUGAAGUGUGUUGUUUGGGAUUGAUUGCAAUGUUUCUUUCCAACAUAAAUUUUAAAAUUUCAUGCAAUGAUAUAAUCUAAUAUUGUCAGUAAAACUAUUUCUAAUGUUAUUGGCCUACACAAAAUCUAGCAAUUUUUUUUUCUUUUUUUCUUCUUUCUUUUAAAGUAGAGAAAGAAAAGAGAGGAACAUGAGCUAGGGAGAGAAAAAGAUGUGACUAAAAAUCCAAGUAUCUUCAUACCAAAAGUAUCAGGGUUCCACGCAUAGUUUGCAGUUAAUAAAGGAUUUCACACUACCUGGCAUAAAUCUGAUUACAUCUCUAGACUGUAACUUUUCUGAUUGAGUCUGCUUCUUUUUUAUCCAUGUAAUGUGUUGCCUUUUUUAAAAAACAAAUACUAUGAUAAUGUAUGAGGUGGUCAAUCCCUAAGACAUCAAAGAAAGGCCACACAACCCUCCCCUUUUAGUGCUCUGUGUGACUGGGUAUCUAAGGGUUUUGUUUUGUUUUGUUUUUCUGUUGCAAGGCCAAUUUAUCCAUUAUUGGAAAUGCUAAGCAAGUGGAAUUUACUGUUUUGUUAAUAAAAUAUUUCUUAAUACAA